AAUAUGGCGGAAAGAGCGAACUAAAAUUUGCAAAGAAAAACAUGUUGGAUUGUACGUUGUAAUCGAAGUAAAAAUUUCUUAGGGAUGAAGCUUUUUAAGUUAUGGGUCCAUCAGCAGAACUUCAGUGAGGAUGAUCUCAUACUAAAUCCUAAGGAAUUUCCGAACGAGAGAGAGGGAGACAUCUUGGAGAUUCAUCACCCCGAUGAAGACAAUACUCGUCUUUUGCUGCAGAUUAAAUCGAUUAAUCCUGAAUUUCAACAGAAAGAUACAAUCAGCAUCGAACAGUCUGUGGCUAACAUCUUUCAGUUGAGAACUUACUGGGAUGUGGAGGUCACCAAGAUUGAACCAAAAGAUGUGUCUGUGGACAUGGUGGAACUUUUGUUUAAAGACCAGUUCGUCACGAGGAGCGAAAUGUGGAGAUUUUCCAAACAGCUCGUUGGCUCGUGUGUUUAUAUCACCAAGAAGCUGUCACAUUUUGGGGUGCGGGCUCAGGUUAAUGAGAUCUGGACUAAGGGAGAGAAGGUGUCCUGUGGAGUGAUAUCCGAUGAUACCAGGGUGGUUUUUAGAUCAAGUAGCACAAAGAUGUAUUUAUUCAUACAAAUGAGUAAAGAAAUGUGGGACUUUGACUUCAGUGGAGAUCUUUAUAUUGAAAAGGCAAUCAAUGGAUUUUGUAAUGAAUUGUUUACCAAAUGGAAGGAGCUUAAAGCCCACCAUGAUGUCAGUAUUAUUCUGUUUUCAAGAACAUUUUACAAUGCGCAAUCUCUUGAGGACUUUCCUAAAGACGCUCAAGGAUGCAUUCAAAAGGAUCCUUACGGACGCUUUUAUGAAGAUUUCUACCAAGUUGUUGCUUUAUCAGACAGGCGUGAUGACUGGAUCCCUAUGCUAGUCACUCUGAAGCACUGCUUUAACCAAUAUCCAAACCUCACGAACUGUUGUGAUAAGUUGAAAGGCACAAAAAUCAAGGGUAAAAAUUCCAGCUCUUAUGAGGGAAACUUUCUAGAAGCUAUAAACUUGGCAAUGAAUGCAUUUGAAAGGCACCACAUCGAUCGUAACUUUAGUCGUACCGGGCAGACGGUUAUCAUUGUUGCACCUGGGUCUGGAGUGUUUGAGGUGGACAGAGAAAUGACCAGCAUAACCAAACAGCGUCUACUGGAUAGCGGUAUGGUAAUGAUACACUCAGAUUUUAGCGAUCUCACUUCCAAAAACAGUGAAGAGGUGAACCAAAACCGAAAAAGUGCGAGGAUUGUUUUAGAUGAAGUGUACACUAAUUUUGCGGAACACCGCAAGACAGAAGUGGGAGACGGCCAGCUGCCAGAUCGGGUGGAUUAUGAUGAAUAUGACGCCAAAAUAUUCAGGAACCCGCCCACCCACUCGACCCUGAAGGGCUGGGCACCCAGAGGUACGAACUUCAGACGAAUACGAAGCGCCCUCGAUUUGCAGCGAAUGGCCAAGUCUAUGUCAAAAGAAGAACCCAUUUUCCACCGUAUUUCCUCGCCUCCUAGAGGGGUAUCGUCCUAUGAGGACAUGGAGAUUUCAGCUUCUUUUAGCGCGCUGACGGACCGAGAUGCUGCAUCCAUUAAGACCCUGGACAAUAGAGAAACCCAUGUACUCUCUUCAUCUCUGGAGUUUACGUCUCAUGGUGUCCUCGCUUCACUUUCCGAAAAUACGGUGGUAAAUGGAACUUCUCAUGAAAUCAUUCGACCAGUUCCUCGCCGGUUUGCGGUUGGAAGUGCAGGCGCAAGUCGCCAUGAGAUCCCUGGUCAUUCACGGCCCCAAAGGACCCUAAUAAACCCUUUUAAGCCGAACGAGAUUCCUUGUAACUGGACCUGUAACCGACAUCGGUGGUCACACGUUUUUCCCAAGGGGCCUGGUGGAGAGGUUCUCCAUCGACAUUAUAAGAAACUUUCACCAGCUGAAAGCAUCACACAAAUUAAGACUGAAAAGUCACGAGGUGUCGAAGAAGCAGCACUUGCUGUCGUGGCCGCUCGCACACAGGAAAUCUCAGAAGCACAGUUUAAGAGCAUUACAGAGGAGCAACCCCCAUUAGACGCCUUGAUGAUUAGUGAAGAAAAUGAAGAUACGUACGAAGAUAACGCUAUCAUCCCCGAGCCAUCGUCGGGUAUUCUCGGCCAUUUCAGCCCGAUUUCCGAACCUUCAAAGACAACACAGAAUCCGACACCAAGGCGCCGAUCUCAACUGUCACGUUUUAAUUUGUAUCGAGGGAUGGAGAAAACUCCUGAUGAAUAUGAUUGGACAGCUGCUGUCAAGACGAGUGUGGAUUGGAAAUCGUUGACAUGUCCUGCCCUUUUACCUCUGACCUCAUAUUUCAGCCCAAGCAAACAGACAUUGGAAAACGAUUACCUGGAAUCUAAUUACAAUCUGUUAAUUGAAGAAGAGGAGGAAUACACAGAAGAGAAGAAGACUUCUGGCUGGGGAAAACAGGAGAGUCUGCCGGAGGAAGAUUCACAUGGAGCUCGUCGAGAUUUAAGCGCGGAGAUGUUAUUCAUGGAACUUGUCUCUCAACGAAUUCGCAAGGGAUUUCAGUUGACCCCACUGAAGGGUAAACCAGCCCCUCCUAUUAAGCCCCAGUCCAUCGCAGGCACACCGGCCAAGUCAGAUCAUCAGGAAUUCUUUCUUAGCAUUGGACGGAACUCGCACAAGUUAAGCUUGACUUCACAUGGAGUAACAGUAACCAGGUAUAGACCACGCCAUCAAAUUGGUUCCCAACCUAUGUUUUACAGGUAUCGCCUUUGGAUUCCACAAACAAAGUUGUUUGAGCCAAAUGAUGGGGAAUUCCGGCAUGAGGAAAUGGAAAAUUAUAACUGGAACUACUUAGACCAGUAUCUGUGCGGAGAUCCUGAUUUUAAUGUGCUUAUUGAGAGUCUUCAUUACUGGAAAGCUCGAUUCCUGCUAUUGCCAUUUUCGCCAUUGUCUCAGCGUCAAAUCAAAGAAUCAGGUCGUGAAGAAAAGAAGAAAACGUCAACUCAACAGGCCGACGCAAUGGAUGGAAUUGUCAGGUUCCUUGAGGUGCUUAAUCGAAUAAAACGUCAUCAAACGCAAAAAACUCUAACAAAUCCUAAGGAUCGAAAACAAUCCGAUGUGUCUUUACCAACUCGUCGAAUUAGUAAACAGCAGGAGCAUAAAGUAUCCCGACCCAUUUCUUGUGAGUUGACAGUAUCAAGAGAAAACAGCUCUGUUCCCAGUAGUCCGCUGACCAACAGAUCGCGGUCUUCCUCGGGAAUAGGAGACGAACUUGGAAGUGCAGAUUCUCAUGCCAGUCCCUCUCGAGAGUUACCGGGAAAGGGCAUGACUUUCCUACCAGAGGUCAAAGGGCUAAAACCCACAAGCUUUCUGAGUGUGGAGGCGAUCUCAUGGAUUUUACACAACGUGGAAGGAAUUAAUGCAAAGGAAGAAGCCACUCGACUCUGCCAGAAAUUGUUGGAAAGAGGCUUUAUCAACCAAGCUUCUGACAGCACUGCUCAGAAACUGGUAGAGGGAUUUGUCAUCUUUUAUUUCACUCCAAAGUCUUGUUGGAGAGAAAAAACGGAAGAUAUGCUGGAAGUUACUGAUCGUCCUCCUGUAUCUGAGCCCGAUAUUUUACAUGCCUUUCAAAAUGAUUGGUUCGAGGUCGAUCUCUGGUCAACCAAACCUGAGAAGGAGACCCCAGAAUUCUUAGCGCCUGAUCUAGAGAUCGUUUCAAGUCUGGCGGGUUCGUCGGUUCGGAAGCUCCAUUCGGAAAGCGGCCAUGGCUGCGGUCCUGCUUAUAAGUUCGUCACGUUAAAUGCUGAUCCUUCCCACAAGAGCCAACGUCCAGAAUCUUGCACUGUUCGUUACCAUGGCGACUUCUCAUCUCUUCAUGCGUUUGAGCUCGAACUGCAUUGGAUAGCAGCAACUGGGUGCAUCGUGAGCGACAUGGUUAGUUCUUGGUCAAGGAAGGCGCCGUCCUGCGGUUUUCAUCUUGUCCCCGUCCCAGUAAGUCCAUUCCCUGAUCGGAAAAGUAGGAAUGUGGAUCCUUUUCGUUUACCGGUUUUCAUUCAGCUGAAUCUGUCCAACUUAACUGCAGACGCUGGCAGCCUCUUUGAAGAAUUCGAGUAUUCCACCCGAAGUCGAAGAAUGUUUUUAUUCUUGGAGGCCAUCCUUCAAAGGUUUGGUUUUAUCCGGGACAAGCCUUAUGGUUCAACGCACGUGAGUUCGCGGAGUAUGCAAGUGACUCCCGUGCAGUGUCGCGAGAAGGACUACGUGCACACGAGCGGCGUCGCCUUUGUCCGAAUCCCACGGAACUGGGACGAAGAUGAGUAUCCUGUAACGAGUGGUCUGCUCAGGAAAGAGAAGGAGCAACUGUCAAGCCGAACCUGGGGAUUUAACUGGAUGCAAAACUAUAUGUUGACAAAAAGGUGGCGCUCUGCGGCGACGGGAGAUAAUGAAGCUGCUGAAAGACUGAGGGGUGAAUUGCAAGACUUCUGUGCAGACAAGGAAGGUGUUCUGAGCAGCUUUUGGGAGUCAUGCCAAGAAGCCGCAAGAAAAGAUAUACAAAAACCAAUUGAAAAAGAGGAGGCCGAAGCCAAAUGAAAGAUAAAGAAAGUGUCUGAUAUAGAUAGACUAAAAGGUAGCAACGACUCGCAAAAUCUAGAGCGUGGUUAAUUUGAUCAUUCCGCUGGUUAAUAUUUUAUCACCCUCUAAAAGACCCGUAAGGUUUAACCUCAUUGUUGAAGGAGUCACGCUGUUAAAAGUAAGUCCAAAAUCAGAGUUUGAAAUCCUGAAUUGAAAAGUAUGUGUUAUAUCUACAUUAAACCUUCAUCUAAGAUCAAACAUUAACGAUUUACUCAUGUUGAAUACUGAACAUUUUGCAUAAAGAAUUUACUACAUUAAACCUUUAUCUAGGAUCAAGCAUUCACGAUUUACUCAUGUUGGAUACUGAACAUUUUGCGUAAAGAAUUUAACAUCGAACUGCAGUUUGCGAUCGUCAUAUUUGCUCGAUUCGACAGAAAAAUAAGUGUUAAAAGUGAUCUUUUGAUCCAAAACACCUGCAGUGAAAAGGUAUCGAGUGUUAAUCAUAACGGUGGGAGAACUCUUUUCUGUCCAUGUUAACAUGAGACAAUUCUUUUGAUCUGAUGAUAGGCAUUUACACAUAAAUGAAGGUAAAAUGAAUUGUAUUUUUAAUGAAAUUUAUCAUCUUCCGACUUCGAAAUAAAAUGUUAUUGCUGACAUCGACCCAAUAGAACUCAAACUUGUGAACGCUAACGUUUCUUAACUUUUGUUUAGCAGGUUAAAAAUUCUCAAAUAAAGUGGCAAGAGAAA